AGUGCAAGGGUUAAAAAAUAUGAUAGGGACAAGUAGGAGGGAAGUUGGUGAGACACAGGUGUGUCAAACAGAAUUUUCAUUUUUUACCCCCCAAAUCCUGCACAAUGAGCAAGUAGCCUGAUGGUUCUGUUUGCGAUUUUGUGGGGUCCUUGCUCAAACGGUGCUGAAACACAUGACCAAGAAUUUCUUGUAGCCCUAUUUUACCCCAUUUCACAUUGACUGGAAAGUUUUAAAGGACGGGAAGUCAGUAAACUGACUCAAAUAAAAAGCUCUAAAAUGGAGUGGACAAAGUGGUCAAAAGUAAAUGUUGAAAAAAACAACAAAAGAAAGCUAAAAAAAGCAAAUGUAAAAUUUGAACACAAGCAGAAAAUGACCUUUACUUUUCUAAUCUGUUAAACUAGGCUAUCAGUUUCAACUAGAUAUUUUCUUUUGUUUCCUCGAAAGUUCCAUUUAUCAAAGAUGUUUUUUUUUUUUUAAAUCUUGACCCAGCAGUAUAAAUACUAGAGCUUCUCUGGCUUCAGCAUCAUCGGUCUGGAUCUUCAGAAACCAUGCUGCACCCCAGACUCAACACCCCAGUGUUGUUUUCAGCAGUCUGCUGCUUGUUCAUGGCAUCAGGUGUUUUCACAGAAACUGCGGUCACCUGUGAAAAUGGCAGUGUCCACCAAUUGGGAUGCAGAAAUAAUGAAGUGAUCAGCGUGCAGUCAGCGCUGUAUGGGCGUGCAGACUCGGUCACCUGCAGUGAAGGCAGACCUGCUAAUCAGCUCAGCAACACCAUGUGCUCCCAAAACGGCAUUCUGGAUUUGGUCAGAAGAAGCUGUGAGCUGAGGCAAAGAUGCCGUAUCGACAUGAGAGAUGUCCGCACCUCUGAUCCCUGCGUGGGGACCUACAAAUAUCUACAGACCAACUUCAUCUGUUUACCUGCAAUUCAAGAGGUCACAUGCGAGGGCUCCACUGCUCAAUUGCGCUGUGGUAGAGGACGAGUUAUAUUUGUCUAUGGUGCCUACUAUGGACGCCGUGAUAGGAGAACCUGCUCUGACGGGCGCCCCCAAUCCCAGGUUGAAAACGUGAACUGCAUAAACCCCGCCCAGGAAGUUCCUCAAAGAUGUAACGGGAGACACUUCUGUUCCAUUGAGGCAAGCAACUCAGUGUUUGGGGACCCCUGCUAUGGCACAUACAAGUAUCUGGAGGUUGCCUAUGUUUGUAUAUUGAAAACCAUGCUGAACUUUAGCACCACAAUAUUGCUGGCAGCCGUCUGCUUGUUCAUGGCAUCAGGUGUUUCUGCAAAAACUAAGGUCACCUGUGAAAAUGAAAAUAUCCAAACAAUAGAAUGUAACGAAAAUGAAGUGAUCAGCGUGGAUUCAGCCCUGUAUGGGCGUGCAGACAGAAACACCUGCAGUCAAGGCCGUCCUUUUUGGCAGCUCUUCAACACAGGCUGCUCUCAAAGCGGCAUUCUUAAUUUUAUCAAGGAAAGAUGUGAGUUGAAGCAGAAGUGUGAGGUUCGAAUGAGUGAUGUUCGCAACCCAGAUCCCUGCUGGGGGACCUUCAAAUACCUCCAGACCGACUUCACCUGUUUAGCAGCAGAGGUAGAUAUUACUUGUGAAAAUGAUAAGGCCAAGCUGCACUGUGGCAAUUGGCAAGUUAUCAGUGUCUUAAGUGCUUUCUAUGGACGCCGCGAGAGGAAUGUCUGCAAUGACUGCCCCUUGGCCAUGUCUCAAAAUGUGAACUGUGAAAACCCCACUGAUGUAGUUGCUGAAGAAUGUAACGGAAAAAAACACUGCAACAUUAAAGCAGCUAACUCUAUGUUUGGGGACCCUUGUAAGGGAACACGCAAGUAUCUGGAGGUCACUUACGUUUGCAUUUAAACUCCAAUUUAAUUAAAAGCAAACACGACAUUAAAAAAGGGAUCUUGUUGUUGCUCCAGGAAAAAAAUGAAGACAAUCAUUAUCUUUUAAAUCAAAAUAGUUUAUUAAGUAUAAUUUAAAGUCAAAUAAAAUCUACAAAUAAUUGUUCCAGGCACUAAAUGAUCCCUAAUAAAUCUGACACGCAUAUCUGA